CGACUAUGUGUGCAGUUCCUGUUGCAUACUCUCCUUUUUUUCCUCUCUCUUUCACAAUCUAAGAGCCAGCAUGCUGCCUGGAACUCCUAAGCUAUUUUGAGAAGCCAAACAGCUGUUGAAAGGUUUUUCAACAGCAGCAGCAGCAACAGCUUGCCUCCUGCACCUCUCUCUGGCCAUGGCACUUCCAGCAGGCCCUGCACAUGCUCAGGCUCUACAACUUGCCCCCUUGCGGUCCUCAUCACUAGGGGCUUGACCCCCGACUUCUGCCAAGCAAGAUCUCCUGCAAGUUCUGACAGGGCUCUGCUUCCAAAUCCAGCUGUCAGCCCAGAUCACCUGCUUGGGAGCAAGGGAAGCAGGGAGCAAUCGCUCCCACCCCCACCAAAGCCAGACUGUGCUGUUCAGAAGGAACCUUGAAUGCCAGAGCUUGAGAUAAAGAAAUUAAGCAGUCAGGUCCACAGGACUUUCUGGAGCAAAACAGACACGUUUGCUGCCUGGGCCCAGCCUCUCCCUGCCAUGGAGUUUGCGGAGUUGAUCAAGACCACCAAGGUGGACCAUGUGGUGCUGUCACGUCCAGGACUCCCGUCCGUCAAAGGGACACUUUGCAUCACCAGUCACCACCUCCUUCUAUCUUCCCAGCCGGGGGGAAACGGGGAACAGGGCCAGAUUGAGCUGUGGCUUCUUAUUCGCAAUGUGGACGCCAUUGAGAAAAGCGUUCAGAAUCUAAGUUGGUAUCAAAGCGCCCGGACUAACGGCUCCCCCCCAGGAACCAGGCUUGCAAACGCUUCGGGCACCAUCACGCUCAAAUGCAAAGACUUGAAAAUUCUGCAGCUGGAGAUCCCUGGGAUGGAAGAGUGUCUUAACAUCGCCAGCUCCAUUGAGGCCCUCUCCUCCGUGGAGUCGGUGAUGAUGACGUACCCCUUCUUCUACAGACCACAGAACAUGAAGCUGGAAGACGGGUGGGGGCUGCACCGCCUUGAGGAAUUCUUCCAGCAAAUAGCUGCAGAUACAGGUGCCUGGAGGCUCAGCUAUGUCAAUGAGGAUUUUGGGGCCUGCUCCAGCUACCCGCCCGUUGUCGUCGUGCCAACCAAAGUGGAGGAGGGAGCCCUGAGAGAGAGUGCCCGUUUCCGUCAUGGGGGACGAUUCCCCAUCCUCAGCUAUUACCACAAAAAGAAUGGGACUGUGAUGCUCCGCAGCAGUCAACCCCUGGUGGGGCCCAACCGGAAGCGCUGCCAGAAGGAUGAGCUGCUGCUGCAUGCUGUGCUGGCAGGGGGGGACCGUGGCUUCGUCCUGGAGACCAGGUCAGCGCAGGCAGCCAAGCAGGCAAGGAUGCUGGGGGGAGGCACAGAGCACCGGAGUGCCUAUCCUGGUUGGAAGAGAUUUCACCGGCCUCUGGAGAGGGGUCGUCCCCUCCAAGAGAGCUUCAUCAAGCUGGUGGAGGCUUGCAACGACCCGUCCCACAACAUGGACCGCUGGCUGAGCAAGCUUGAAGCCUCCAAAUGGCUGUACCAUGUCAAGGAAGCCCUGAGCACCGCCUGCCUUGCGGCCCAGUGCAUGGACAGGGAGGAGGCCUGCGUCUUGGUGCACGGAGCCGAAGGGACAGACACAACCUUGCUGGUGACAGCCCUUGCCCAGGUCAUCCUGGAUCCCAACUGCAGGACACUCGCCGGGUUCCAGGGGCUGCUGGAACGGGAGUGGAUACAGGCUGGGCAUCCGUUCUGCCUCCGCUGCGCCCACUCGGCCUACUCCCACGUCCGUCUCAAGCAUGAGGCGCCCACCUUCCUCCUCUUCCUUGACUGCGUCUGGCAACUGGGGCGCCAGUUUCCCUUAUCGCUGGAGUUCAACGAGGGCUUCCUCUUGGCGCUCUUCGAGCACAGCUACGCGUCUCCCUAUGGCACCUUCCUGUGCAACAAUGAGAAAGAAAGGAAGCUCUGUGACGUGAAGGAGAAGACACACUCACUCUGGCCCUGGCUGAAUAGCAAAGUGGGGGAGUUCCUGAAUCCGCUCUAUGCACACAACCCCUUGGUUAUCUGGCCAUCGGUGGAGCCGCAGAGUUUGCUGCUCUGGCAAGGCUUAUUCCUCCGCUGGGUCCGCUCAUCCCACUAUCUAGAUGACGCAUGGGGAGAAAUUCAGAAAAUAGUGAAGUCCACACAGGAAGACUGAGUGGGAUGGCACCAAAGCAGACUGCAGCACAAGCCAUUUCAAAAGCAGAAACCAAAGAACUGGGAAGGAAACGAUCAGCCACAGCCUGGUUUCUGCUGUGCUGGAAACCAGCAAGCACAGAGCUAUCAAGGAGAGUAAAUGGUGCUGGUCACUAACCAUGUUGUGAACCCAGCCCUUGUUUGUGUGAGAGAUUUGUACAGUGGUACCUCUGGUUAAGAACUUAAUUCGUUCCGGAGGUCCGUUCUUAACCUGAAACUGUUCUUAACCUGAGGUACUAAUUUAGCUAAUGGGGCCUCCCACUGCCGGCUGCCACACGAUUUCUGUUCUCAUCCUGAGGUAAAGUUCUUAACCCGAGGUACUACUUCUGGGUUAGCAGUCUGUAACCUGAAGCGUUUGUAACCCGAGGUACCACUGUAAAUAGGAGAAUUUCCCCACUGGAUACAGAGCUGGUCACUAAAGUCUGACAAUUAAAAGACACUUCAUGUUGGACUACACAAGUUGCCAGAUCUUUGUGUAGUCCAAUUAUUCAGGCUUCUCAUCAAGGAAAUAAUCUUGUGCUUAGAGUACGUUUGGCAAGUGGGCAAAGUGUUUGGUGGGGUUUCCUCCAGAAUA